GACCAUUCGAGUUUCUCAUUUGUGGAGACCUUUGCAGGUCAGCAAAAUGUGCUGGCACAUGAUCCACUACGGAGGCACUAUCCCAGCAAAUUUGGACAGAAAUUGAUGGAGAUGUUUGACGGUCUGAUUUCUACAAAGACCGGCAUGCCAAUCAGCCCUGCGGUCUUUCCACCAGCCUGCUCAACCUUUAGCCAGAUGAGCUUUGAUGAUAUGUGGGAUGAGGAGCUGGAACGACAACUGGCUGAUUUCGAUGCUCAAACCAGUACCGCUGGGGCAAAGUCCUUGGAAGAGUUGCUGAAUGACAAUUCUCGACCAGUGGCUACUCCCCAGAAUAAAAAGUUCUACGAUGCCGAGACGGUGCCAGCAACGGAUUCCCAGGUGGAAGAUGCUUUGUCAGUCCCGUCUGGGUCGAAAGGAUCACCGGUCACAAGUCGCAUCAUGGACAUGUACCGGAAUGGAGAGAUCGAUUCAUCCCUUGCAAUGCAGCUCCUUGGCGGGGCGCUUGCCACAAGUGAGGAUGGAAACUCCAGGAAAAGAUCUUUGGAUGAUGCUUCAGGUCCUGAUGAAGGUAAUAAAGCAGCCAAGAUUGGCGAAGCCGAUCCUGAUGCCCCUUUUGUGGAGGAACUUUUGGAUCAAGCUAAGAAGGUGAAGAAUGAAGAGAACGCGCUGAAAGCGAAGUUGAGAAGAUUGUGUGAGGUGAAAAAGGGUGGCCGUUUACAGGAUCACUUCAUCAAAUACAAGGAAACGACCAGAACUAAGACGGACUCCAAGUCGAGCAACGUGGGAAACGGCUGGUACUCCCGGGAGGAUAUGUCUAAGGUUCUGAAGUGGAACAAGAAGAAGAUCGACGGCGCCAUCAAAGUUUGCGAGGCGGAUGCACUCCACUUGGUGAGGAAGUGCCAAUAUGGUGGCGAUGAUGAAUAUUUCGUCAACACCCGUGAACAUGGUAACAGCAAGCAAGAGGAGAUCAAUGCUCAGCACGAGGUCGAGCGAACGCAGGAUGGGGGACCAGCAAUGUUGGGAAGCGUUAAGCUCACCCGGGAGGAUGCUGAUGCAAGUCGUGCAACGGCAAUGACAUCGGCUGCAGCUGCCGCAGCAACACAGGCAACCAGGGCCAAGGAUGUGUUCGGCAAGCAUGUGGAAUCUGUGUUGGCCAAAUGCGCCAAAGUGCGAGGGUUGAUGGCAGACUUGCAAAAAAACUUCACAGAUUGCCCUACAGCCAAAAAGGCCGUCCACCAGCUGAACUCCGACCUCCAAACCUUGGACACGCAGUACAACAUGCUGGGAGAUCUUGCUGCGAAGGGUGAAAGGGAUGAUCACAAUCCUGAGUGGGAACGCGAAGCUGAGAAGGCCAUGAAAUUUUCCACCUUUGAGACCGCAAAAAUGCACUUCAAGAAGGUGGAAAAGGUGUGGCUGGUGCAUCAGCCAAACGAUUGGCAGCAAACAUCGGCGAAGGAGCCAGGAUCCCAGGCCAGCAGCAUCAGCCAGAUCUUGACUGCACAGGCCGUGGCCGCUGAUUUUGGAAAGGAAGUUCCUUGGAUAUCUGCUGAGUCGUGGCUAAAGUACUUGAUAGACAAAGGCCUGUGGCCACGCCUGGCUGGCUGUGAGUCUUUUGACUAUGCUGGUUCGCGUGAGAAUUGGACGACAUUCUGGGAGAAAUAUGAAAAGAUCAACCCUGGUUUCGAGCUUUUCCAAAUGGAAGGAAUAGACCUUUCAAGGACUGCUGCCUAUUUCAUUCAUGAUGACGAAGGUCGCACUUUGAAAAAGGGAGGAAUGCUUGUCACUUCUUUGCAAUCUGCUCUUGGACGUGGCUAUGAUCAGAAGCGUAUUAGAGUCAGGGGCCCAAAUGACCGUCAACUUCAGGUGAAUUUUGCUGGGCAUAGCUUUACGACAAGGUUUGUUGUCAGCACCAUCCCGAAGAUUGCUUACGAGUCCCAGCCAGAAGUUUUCCAUGCUGCUAUCGAGCAUGUGGCCAAGUCAUGCAGCAGGUUGCUUCAGAGUGGAUACGUGGACAAAGCCAGGAAUGGCGAGCUGUUUCGGAUCGUGAUUUUGGGGGUGAAAGGCGAUGCUCCAUACCUGUCGAAGGUGGCUCAUUUCUACAGAUCCUACAACACUGCUACGUUUCGAGUCAACUCUUUGUUCAGUAUGCUGUACAAAGCAGGCGAUGAUGAGGCGCCACAACUCGUGGCCCUGGCGCGGCAAGCUCAGCAGCUUCCGGAGAUCA